AUGAAUCCCCAUCAACAAAACAAAGUUGACGUCAGCUCCUUGAGCCCGGAUGAGCAGCGUCUCCUUCGCAUGUAUGGCAAGAUGCCAACAAAGAAAGAUCUGCUGCAGAACAAGCUUCGAGAGCGCAAAUACUUCGAUUCUGGCGAUUAUGCUCUGAGCAAGGCUGGCAAGGCUUCGGACGUGGGUGUCACCAACAUCGGCUCACGCCACCCAGUCCCGGAGAACAUUCCCCACCUGACCGCGACCUCUCCUGGUGCCAGUCCAGCCACAGCUACCAACGGAAGCAUCAGCACACAAGGACAACAGGUUACCGGCAGCAUCAGUGGUCACCCAGGCUCCAUGGGCCUCCAGAACCGCAGCCCCAAGGAGGGCAGCUUCCUGCACCGCAGCACUAGCAUCAGCGAAGGCUCUGCCGGACAAGAGAACAACGAGCCCAAGGAUCCCAGUGUCUCUCCUCCCGCUGCUCGAGAGGGUGUACCCAUCCCCCAGUGA